UCUCUUUUCUUCUAAUUCAAUUCCAAUCUCGUUCUCUGCAUGAGGUCUAGCACUUUGGAGUAUUCUUUUAGAUCACAAUGGAGAGCGUAAACACAUCCGCUGGCCAGCCAUCGAGCCCUGACGCAGCCCUGCGAGUGGACAAGACCCGUGUUGCCAACAUGGAUCAUGCCGAUGCUCAGCUUGCAGCCGAAUUUGGCUAUAAGCCAGUUCUCAAGCGAGAGUUCGGUUACUUCUCUACAUUCUCCUUCGCAGUCAGUAUUUCGGGCCUGUUCGCGACUGUGAUGACGACCAUGAUUUAUCCUUUGGAAGCUGGAGGUAGUAGCGCCGUCGUUUGGUGUUGGCUGAUUUCUGGGAUCGGUUGCAUGUGCCUUGCGUGCUCCGUUGCUGAACUUGUUUCGGCUCUCCCGACAGCGGGUGGAUUAUAUUUCACCAUCUCGAGACUCGCCCCACAAGAAUGGGUUUCCUCUAUCUGUUGGCUCGACGGAUGGCUAAAUAUAUUGGGCCAAAUCUGUGGAGUAGCCUCCUCAGAGUAUGGUGCCGCGCAGAUGCUGCUCGCUGCUGUCUCCAUGGCUAGGGACUUUGACUACGAAAUCACCACGGGUACCACGGUUGGAGUCAUGGCCGCACUGACUAUCACGACGGGGUUGAUCAACUCUCUACCAACUUCCUGGAUCGAAAAGAUAACCAAGUUCUAUGUCAUCUUUCAUGUCCUGAUCUUGGUUUCAUGCUCCAUUGCGCUUCUGGUCAAGACAGAGAACAAGCAUGACGCCACAUACGUAUUCACUCAUGUCGAGUCAACCUCAGGCUGGCACCCAUUAGGUUUCUCCUUUCUCUUCGGUUUCCUCUCAGUCUCCUGGUGCAUGACGGAUUAUGACGCUAGCUCACAUCUUGCGGAAGAAAUCAAAAGCCCAGAACUCAUGGCUCCAUGGGCUAUCUCUUCGGCGAUGCUCUUCACCUAUCUCGCGGGUUUUCUCUUUAACAUCGUUCUCUGUUUCUGUAUGGGGGACCCGAGUGCGAUCCUAAGCUCUCCAACGCAGCAACCUGUUGCGCAGUUAUUCUACAACAGUCUCGGAAAGGUAGGGGGGAUAUUCUACACCGUCUCAGCAUUGCUGAUAAUCAAGUUCGUCACGUGGACGGCGCUACAAGCCCUGGCCCGGACCGUCUUUGCCUGUGCCCGUGAUCGGAUGUUGCCCUUUUCCAAUGCGUGGACGAAGAUAUCUCCCCUCACCGGAACCCCCUUGAAUGCAGUGUGGAUUUCCACAUUUUUCUGCAUUGCAAUUAACCUCAUUGCCCUGGGCUCAUACACUGCGAUCUCAGCCGUGUUUACCCUGUGCUCUAUUGCCCUUGACUGGAGCUACUGCAUCCCGGUUCUCUGCAAACUCCUUUUUGGCAAGUUCAAGCCUGGUCCCUGGCACAUGGGCCGACUGAGCCCCUUUGUCAAUGCUUGGGCUUGCUUGUGGACCUUGUUCGUCUCCAUCAUCUUCGUCCUUCCCACUGCCAGGCCGGUGACAGCGGAGAAUAUGAACUACGCCUGCGUCUUCUUGGUAUUUGUCUUGCUGUUUGCCCUGGUUUAUUGGUACAUCAGCGGCAAGAAGUUUUAUCGCGGUCCCGUUUCCGAAGCGGUUGUAGACGACUCUCUUUCUGAAAGCAACAGUCAAGUCAAGGCUGACAAAAUGGGAACUCGAGUAUGAGGUCUGUGGAGGCACAGUCACGCAACGUCUGCAGUUCAUCACCCAACGCGACAAACCCUACGAACGAUUCGCUGCCAUCAACCAAUCCCAGGAAGCGGCAGCAUCACAUCUGAUGUCUGAGCCAGAGCCCAACAGCGACUUGAAAAUCUCCAUCGAAUCCCCCCCCCCCGCC